GCCAGCGUCAGGACCGGCGGCAGGUAGCCGAUAGGAGCGAGCGCCGGUUCCCGUCUCUUGCCUGCGCGAUGCGCCCACGGUCGGCGGCCGGGCCACCGCCCCGCAGCGAAGCGUCAUGCGUUGCCUACCUCCCCGGCGGCGUCCAGCGUGCGUCCUCGCGCCUCAGCCGCAGGACACCGCCGGGCGACUGGCGAGGACACUACUUCCUGGUGUACUGAAACGCUCGCACUGAACCUCCGCAUCAUUGGUGUUUCCCGGUUUGUUGCAGACUGGACGUGCCGGCCGCCGCCAUGGCCCGGACACUGGCGCUGGUCCUGGUGGUCGCGGGGCUCGCGGCGAGCGUCGGCGGCGACCACCGUGAGCAACAGCAACAGCAGCAGGGUCAGCAGCAGGGGCACGACGCGGCGCACUCGCGACAGAAGCGCCUCCUCUGGGUGACCAACGACGGUCGGCUCGCGCUGCCGCCGGGCACCGCCCUGACCAUCACGCCCACCAUCAGCAUGCCCUUCGUGCGCUACCCGCCCGACGGCUUCCUCUCCAACAUGUCCAUCAGCCUGCCCUUCACCAUCGUGUUCGACAAGCUGGGCCUGACGGACAACGAGAACCCUUACGGCGUGCUGCCCGCCAUCCUGGGCCGCUCGCUGUCGCGGACGGCCGGCGAGGUGGUGGCCGACUACAUCGGGGAGCUGCUGUCGCACCGCAGGACGACCCGGGAGGCCGGGUCGCCAGCGCCCGUGCCGCAGCAGCCGCCGGGGCUCAACCUGCACGGCGGCGAGAGGGCGCUGCUGUACGCCGUCGUCGAGGACCUGCUCGACAACUUCGGCAUGGACGGCAAGGCGUGCUUGCUGCGCGCCAUCUGCGAGGUGCACGGCCGCUCGGCCGAGUCCCUGCGCAGCCUCGGCGUGCUCGGCGAGAUGCUGCGCCUCUUCCUCACGGCCAGCAAGUCGCCCUUCGCCGUCCUGCUGCCCGAGUACGUGCAGGCCGAGCGCGCCGGCGCGGGCGACGGCGAGUGCUGGCCCUACUUCCGGGACUGCCCCAAGUCCAUUUUCCGGCCGCCGAGGAAGGAUAUGUACACAGCCGACGCCCAGCCCGACGGAGGCCAGGAGCUCCGCGACAACGUCGUCAUGUAGGAGGUCGCUGCCGAGCUCGCCCCCUAGUCCACGGACACUAGUCUAGUCAUUCCCCCCUCCCCCUCCCCCUCGACCCACAAGAGUACCACCGUAGUCUAGGGACUUGAAAUCUCCAAGUCUCGAGGUGUAAAUAAAACUGAUGAUGUGACGAUGUAGUAGUUCUUAAUGUAAGGGCAAAUAAAUCUGUUAGCAAUAAAGACAUAGGACUGAA